CGGAUUGGCCACAGUGGAGGGCUUGAAAUGUGGCUGAGCGCUUAGGACACCUCAGACGGACGGUGGCCACCCCAGGACGCGCCCCAGCCCGCCAUGGCCCGGAUCCUCCGGGCAUCCUGCCUUCUGUCCCUGCUCCUGGCCGGGUUUGUUCCGCCGGGUCGGGGACAAGAGAAGUCCAAGACAGACUGCCAUGGCGGUAUGAGCGGUACCAUCUACGAGUACGGAGCACUCACCAUCGAUGGGGAGGAAUACAUUCCUUUUAAGCAGUAUGCAGGCAAAUAUAUCCUCUUUGUCAACGUAGCCAGCUACUGAGGUCUGACAGACCAAUACCUUGAACUGAAUGCACUACAAGAAGAACUUGGGCCAUUUGGCUUGGUCAUUCUGGGCUUCCCUUGCAACCAAUUUGGCAAACAGGAGCCAGGCGAGAACUCGGAGAUCCUCCCCAGUCUCAAGUAUGUUCGACCAGGUGGGGGCUUUGUGCCUAAUUUCCAGCUCUUUGAGAAAGGAGACGUGAAUGGGGAGAAAGAGCAGAAGUUCUACACUUUCCUGAAGAACUCCUGCCCUCCCACUGCGGAACUCCUGGGCUCACCUGGCCGCCUCUUUUGGGAACCCAUGAAGAUCCAUGACAUCCGCUGGAACUUUGAGAAGUUCCUGGUGGGGCCAGAUGGCAUACCGGUUAUGCGCUGGUACCACCGGACCACAGUCAGCAACGUCAAGAUGGACAUCCUGUCCUACAUGAGGCGGCAGGCAGCCCUGAGCGCCAGGGGGAAGUAACUGAUGCCCCACCCCCAUCCCCUGCCCACCAUGCAAGGGCUAGGGAGGGGCUCUUCAGGAAGGAAGUCACAUUCCCAGUCAUUCUACACCCACCUCAAAUUCUCUUUCUUAUUACAUAAAAGACAAGCCUGGCACAACUGUGUGUCUGAACCACUGUGGACACGUGACAAUUGUCUCAGUGUGUGCAUGGCUAAACCCAGGGAUGGUCCAUCUGUGUUCACGGCUUGGCACAACACCCUCAUUUUUUUUUCAGCUUUCUGUUCCAAAUGAGCCCAAAGGAAACACAAGUUCUAGGUCCAAUGGUCCUGCUCAAACCAGAACAUCAUUCUUGGGGCCAGCAUGUCCCACACACCCACACUACACACCGACAGCCUCCUUUGUCCUUCCUGAAGGACCCUCCUGAGCCCCCAAGCCCAUCCCACAAUGCUCCUGAGACCAGCCGAGACAACUGUGAGCGCGAUGGACGUGUACCCCAGGUCAGGGGUGGUGUCUCCAUGAAGGAGGGGCCCGAAGCCCUUGUGGGCGGGCCUCCCCUGAGCCCGUCUGUGGUGCCGGCCCUUAGUGCAUUCAGGCUUAGGCUCCCAGGCAGGGAUACUGCCCCUGGCCUUUGGAGGACAGGCUAUCCUCUCACCCUGUCCACUGGCAUCUCAACACCCCCAUCUGCCCAGUAAAGGUCUUUCUGCAGCA